ACAAACUUCAAACUUUGCACUUGAAUCCUGUCAAACCGAGAAAUAUUUAUCAAGAAUUCCCCUUCAAAAUGUCCCUCGACUUGGUUCCUGAACUUGCACCCUUGAAGAUCUACCUGUUAACCUACGAAAUGGACAUUCCCGAGGAAUCUGGCGAUGGAGGACUCCUCUCCAUAGUUUCCCUCAAGGCCCAACAGCUCAAGGUGUGCGGCUUCAUUGCGCAUACGCACAGUGGCCGCCGGGUGGGUGGCGAACUGGAGGGCACCGAGGAGGCUCUCCAUCAAAUGGUCGAGUGGCUGAUGGCCAAAGCCCAGGGCAAAGACCAGCAGGAGGAGGUGGCUGAGCCGGAGGAGAAGAUCAAGGGUGUCAGGGGCCAGAUGACGGAGCCACGAUUCUCCAAGUGGACGCUGCAAUCACGGACCAAAUACGAUGAUUUCUUUCAAUGUUGAGUGAGGCUGAAGCUGUUGCUGCUGCUUUUGUUGCUGCUGCUGCUGUUGAGUUGAUUAAAAAUCGCAAAUUGCAAUGGCCCCAGAA